AUGUCAAUGCAGAACUAUACGAGGGCACAACAAAAUUAUAGUUUUAUUUCAUUAUUCAAUUAUCUCGUUGUUCCAAAAAUUUGUCACAAGUUAUCUGUAAGAUGUCAAAAGUUAUUACAAACAAGACAAUUAUAUUCCAUUGUGGAACCGCAGGUUUCGCCAGCUAAGCUUAGAAUGAACCAGCAAUUCACUUUAGAUAGAGAAAUUUAA